AACAACAAGUAAAACCUCAGUUUUCAUUUGCGUCAUAGGUUUGUGUGUGCGUUCCUUUGGGGGCCAACUGGCCUCAUACAGAUAACGGAUAACACACUAUAGAUUUAUUUUAAAGAGGAUAAACUGAGAAAAACGUUUGUCUUCUAGUUCAUGAUGUGAGGAUGUGCGUCAUUGGUCUUUUUUGUUAAGCAUAACUUUUUUUUAUCUAUGGUUAAAAACUCAAAUGUAAACCAUAUGAUAUCUUCAGGUUAAGAUUAAGGUAGUAUUUGACAUAUCAGUAGGCAUAGUGAUUUACGAUAAUGUCAUGUUAAGUUUACCAUUUAAAAUUCGAUUUAUAACAAUUGAAUAAUCUAUCUUUUGUGAAGGGGAGAGAGGUUGGAUCAGACGAAUAGUUAAGAUGACCCUCUUAUUUGGGCCAACCUGCAAUUUGUAGGUCAAAUGAUUCAUUGUUUGUCUGAGGGGGUGCUACUUCCGUAUUUAAAUCCGCUAUAUGAAUUCGUAGACCUUUAAAUUGUCCAUUCGACCAUCACCCUCAGGACAGGGGCGCUUGCUCCUACCAAAGGCGGUGAUAGCCGAAUCACUGACCCAUAACCAGUCGGGCUCAUUAGGCUAUCGCUAGCAUGAUAUUACAGGUUCUACUCGUCUGGCUAGUCCUCACAUUAACGCUAAGAACCGUGUCCAUGUUCACUAUCUCUUAUGACGAAGAAUCCAAAGAAACUGUUUGGAAAGAGAACCGUUUGGAUAUAACAAAGUCGGCUAAGAAGAUGGACGAAUUGUUCAAUCCGAAGGAUUUGCCUGAGAGCUCUUCAGUGCCUCAUAGAAAGGCACCUCAGUUUAUGCUGGACUUGUUCAACUCAGUGGCGGACUCCAAUGGAUACCCCAGGAACUCGGAGAAACUAGAGGGCAACGUGGUGCGGAGCUUCGAGGACAGAGGACAUGCCGGUGGAAGGUUUCAUUUCUUCAAUUUGUCCUCAUUUGCCAGAGAUGAGAGAAUGAUCAAAGCAGAAUUUCGCUGGUUCAGGCAAAAACAACGACUUUUCCUUGGGAAGGCAUAUGGACCCCAUUUCUACAAGGUGGACCUAUAUGAGGUGUUGGACAACAGAGUAAAACCUUGGAGAGGGAAUCUAAUCACGUCAAGACUGUUGCCUUUAUACACUCAGGGAUGGGAAGUCUUCAACGUCACACAAACAGUGUCCAACUGGAUUCGCAACAGUGAGGAGAAUAAUGGCAUUCUGGUGGUUACUACUCUGCCAUCUGGGAAAUGGAUUAAGUCAGUCCUGCAGUCUUCAGAGAGACAGGGAGAAUCACCUGCGGAGAAUGCUUUCCUGGUUAUAUUCUCAGACGACGGAAGAGGCUCGACCACUAAUCAGUCACUAAAUCAAGGACAUGUCAGCCACGCCACCGCACAUGACAGUCCUGCGAAGGUAUUGCGUCAAGACAGCGGGAGCAGAAGGAGGCGCGCAGCCCCAAGUUAUCCCCGCAGCCGCCCCAUGUCCUGCCAGCGUAUCCCCCUCUUUGUGGACUUCGAGGAGAUCGGCUGGGCAGGCUGGAUCAUCUCUCCACGGGGGUACAACGCUUACCACUGCAAGGGAUCCUGCCCGUUCCCACUCGGAGAGAGUCUCCGCGCCACGAAUCAUGCCACUGUGCAGUCCAUCAUGCAUGCACUAAAGCUCUCCAACGACGUGAAUACACCAUGCUGCGUGCCUGACAAACUCCAGUCCAUCAGCCUUCUCUAUUUUGACGACGAGGAAAACGUAGUUCUUAAACAGUAUGACGAUAUGGUGGCAGUCAGCUGUGGCUGUCAUUGACUACAGUGCGAUUGGCAGCUGCACUCCGGGAACAUUUUCCACGAGUUUCAGAAAUGUUGACUGAAUUACAGUAUGUCCAGUGAUUCAUGCAUAAAUGGACGUUAUUUUUGAGAAAUAAAAAUCGGUCGUUGCAAUUUAACAUGUUUAUAUUGAUAUUUGAUUACGCUUUGAGGUUGGGCACAAGCAGUAAUGGAAGUCCCUGUGGCGCUGACCAAGGUGCUGAAAUGAAGUGUCCGUGUGGUGCAAUUGCCGUGAAAGAAAACCCUUUAAUGAAUAAAAAGUAUUGCUAUUGUCAGAAAUGCUGGCAAUACUAACAAAGCGCAUGAAUUAUCAAACUAUUUUAGUGUCAUGGUUGUCAACAAGAUGAUGUUGUUAUUGGUAAACUACACAUUUUCAAGUUUCAAAUUUCAUUGUCACGUGCACACUUACAGUGAAAGGCCUUUCAUGCUAGCUUUUUCCCAACAAUGCAGUAAUCAAUAUCAGUAGUAAAAAAUAUGAUAGUAUAAAAUA